CAGAAGUCGUCGUCGUUUGAGGUCAGCACAACACGGAUCUUCUGGCUGCCUUUUUUCACUGCAAGUCUUGUGAUUUAUUCCGGGCAAGAGUGCCACAAGUUAUUUAUUUUGAAGCGUUUUCAUUUGGAAACCUCGUGGAUGCUUUUUUAAAAAUGCUACAGAUACUCCCUCAACAUGUUAACGGUAACUGAACUAAUAAGACGAAAGUUUUUUUCCGGCGAAUUAAUAACAGCCUAAUAGACUAAUUUGGAAACGUAUUCAGUUCAGUUGGCUUAAGUCUGGACAGAAAUAUUCAAUCAGUAUAUGUAGCUUUCUACAUAUAUACACUGUACUUUUCACCUUUAAAAAAUCUGUCCACUGAUCGCUAUUCCUCCCAACAGCUACGCAUGAGAAUAUGGCAGCUUCUUGCAAAUCGUCAAUAGAUUACUGGAGUAUCCCGCUGUCGUCUUUAAAUUUCAAUGUCAGAAAAAAGCUAGCACUUUACCUAAAUCCGAGGAAUACGGUGGCCGCCGACUGGGUUACGCUGGCCGAGGUGAUGGGUUUCACUUAUCUAGAAAUCAAAAAUUAUGAACAACGCGAGAACCCCACCGCAAAAAUAUUAGAAGAGUGGCAAGCUAAAUGUCCGGACGCAAAAGUGGGAAAGCUGCUGUCGAUGCUUGAAGAAGCAGAGAGAAAGGAUGUGGUGGAAGACUUGAUAGAUUUGAUCGAUGAAGACUGCAGGAAGUAUCUGGAGAGGCUCAGAGAGCCUCCAGUUCAGGUCCCUGAGGUGGACAGCUGCCUGCCGCAGACUCAGGAGAGGAAUGGUAUAACUACAAGGGAUGAUCCUACAGGAAGCAUGCCAGAGCUGUUCGAUGCUUUCAUUUGCUACUGCCAGAGUGACAUUGAUUUUGUCCAUGAGAUGAUACGGCAGCUGGAGCAGACGGACUACAAGCUGAAACUGUGCGUGUUCGAUAGGGAUGUCCUCCCAGGUACCUGCGUGUGGACAAUCACCAGUGAGCUCAUCGAGAGGAGGUGCAAGAGAAUGGUGGUGGUAAUUUCAGAUGACUACCUUGACAGUGAUGCAUGUGACUUCCAAACAAAGUUUGCCCUCAGCCUCUGUCCAGGCGCUCAGCAGAAGCGGCUUAUCCCGGUGGUGUACAAGUCAAUGAAGAAGCCUUUCCCAAGCAUCCUCCGCUUCCUCACUGUGUGCGACUACACCCGACCCUGCACCCAGUCCUGGUUCUGGAUCCGCCUGGCCAAGGCCCUGUCCCUGCCAUGACAGUCCGGACUCCAUGUGCAUCAGGGAAGGGGUGUGAAACCGUACGCAGCACGGAUUGCCCCUUGAUGGCUGUCCCUUCUGCAGAGGGGGACCCAUGCAGCUGGCAUGCAUUUUAAGGCUGUGUCAGCUGGCAGUGAUUUUUGUGAGUGGCUUCAAAACCUAUCCCUUCCGGUAAUCUGUGCAACACAUUUUCGAUGUGAAAAUUUUUCUUUUUGGAUGCUUUUUUUUGUUUUUUUUAUGCAAGUAUGCUGCAUAGAUUCACUGGUCUUUAAAUCGUCUGAAUGGCUUAAGUGGUUUUGCUCUAACUGAAAAUGUCAAAAAUAAGAUAUUAAGGGUGUCCCCUCAUAAUAAGAUUAAUGUUUUGUUAUGUAUGAGGUGUUUAUGUCUAUAUUAGCUGCCACGAAGUUUUUAAGUAUUUUAUUAGACUAUUUCCGGAGAUGAUGGUACAAAAAAUCCAGCAAAAACUUAAUAAAUAACAGAAAGUUCAAAUUUGUUCAUUUUUGCAGAAUAUUUGUCUACGGUC